CAGGUGUAGAAUAGGCGGGGCGGAGGAUCCGGAAGUGGACUUUCAUAACCCGGAAGGGGAGUGUUUUCUCAGCUGUGGUGUUGAUGGUUUCCAGCUCCCGAUCCUACUGCGACUGAGGGAAUCGUCGCGAAAGGAUGGUGUGCGAAAAAUGUGAAAAGAAACUUGGUACUGUUAUCACUCCAGAUACAUGGAAAGAUGGUGCAAGGAAUACCACAGAAAGUGGAGGAAGAAAGCUGAAUGAAAAUAAAGCUUUGACUUCAAAAAAAGCGAGAUUUGACCCAUAUGGAAAGAAUAAGUUCUCCACUUGCAGAAUUUGUAAAAGUUCUGUGCACCAGCCGGGUUCUCAUUACUGCCAGGGCUGUGCUUACAAAAAGGGCAUCUGCGCUAUGUGUGGAAAAAAGGUUUUGGAUACCAAAAACUACAAACAAACGUCUGUCUAAAUGUAUUGAAGUAUCUACUUUCCAUAUGAUUUACUUUUUGCUUUGAAUUUUCAAGGUAUAACAUAGAUAUUCAAUUUACAAAAUAACAUGCCUUUAGAUAAUUACGUUUAAACCAGGGAAGUAGAUGGGUAUUCAUUCUUUUGCUCUCAAGAAGUUCUGAAUGGCAACAGUAUAAAGUUUUCUGCCUAAAGGUUUUAUUUUCCUUACAAAUAUCUUACUGAACUGGAAUAAGUGAUAAAUUAACAAAAAAAAUAUUUUCCCAGUUCUGUAUGCACUUUUUAUUUAUCAUUACUCAUAUAAUUUUUAUUAUCUUUUUUUCUACUUUAUAUGUAGAUCUUGAAAAAGUGAGAAGGAGGUUAUUAAUAUUGGCUUUGAACUUGGCAUUUAGAUUUGUAAUUCUUCACUCAUCCCCUUUUUAUUCAUAUAGUUCUUAGGGUCAGCAGUCCCUUAAUUAAUUGUGGCUUCAUAGAGCAUUUAAAUAUCUGAGACCAUUGUUGCUAAAUAGUUCCUAAGUGAUUAGCUCAGACCCAAAUCAAACAAAAGUUGUAUUUGUGGUAUUUUUGAUUUGUUCUUGAAGCCAAAGUGCCAGUACCUUUCACAUGAGAACAGGAACACAAGGGAUACCCUCUAUGUGUCCACAUCAACACACUGGAUUUGAGAAAAACACGUAUUACACAUUACCUUGAAUUCAGACCAUCAUGAAAGCCAAGAGAACAGUGUGCAUCUAUCAUGAUAGAUCACAAUCCUUUGGGAAAGUGCUUUGAAGUAGAAACUAAACUUUUUUUUUCUUACUUCCUCUCCUUUUCCACCCCCCCCCCCGCCAAAUAAAUAGACUAAGCAAACAUUUUUAUUUUUAUUUAUUUAUUUAUUUAUUUUGUUUUUUGCUUUUUAGGGCCACACUCUGGCACAUGGAGGUUCCCAGGCUAGGGGUCGAAUCGGAGCUACAGCUGCUGGCCUGCACCAGAGCCACAGCAAUGCGGGAUCCGAGCUGUGUCUGUGACCUACACCACAGCUCACAGCAACACCCAGAUCCUUAACCCACUGAGCGAGGCCAGGGAUCAAACUCACAACCUCGUGGUUCCUAGUUGGAUUCGUUUCCGCUAUACCACAACGGGAACUUCUAAGCAAGUUAAAUAUAUGUAACAUAGAUUGCUAAAAGACUACUUUGAGGUUUCAAGGAUUUUUCCUAUGUUGCCUUCAGAGGCACAGGACUUUUGCUUUUGAAACCUGUUAACUUACUGUGGGAGACAGAAAAAAGUAUUCCCCAUUGCCAAGUACAGUAUAAAUACAUAUCACUAUCAAAUGUGUAGAGGAGAUAACAUGAUGCUACACAUGGUAUAGAUGGCACAUUUUUAUUUGUUUUAAAAUUAUUAUAGAAAGUAUUUAAAGUUUUAACUGUUUAAGUUAUCUAUAAGUUCCACCACCCAAAGGUCAUCCUUAUUCUUACCCAGAAAGAUCACAAUAAAAUGCAAAAUAUAAUAAAUAAUAAUAGCUCUGAGGGCAAGAAGUAUCGUCUCGUGCUUUAAUUUGGAAUUUUAAACUAAGAUCAAUGCAAGGGACUCAUGAUAGGACCUGUGAGUGGUCCAGAAUCAUUAAAAGUUGGGUUGGUCAACUUUGGGAAAAGAGCAUUUCUCAGGUAUCAACUGGGAUCUAGGCUUCACAACUCAGAUUUCAUUUUUAUGCCUUGACUAGCUUUCUUCCAUGUAUGAUCCAAUGGCCAGACUCAGGUUCUCCUAUAAAGAUAUUUAUACUAGGAGUUCCCGUCGUGGCACAGUGGUUAACGAAUCUGACUAGGAACCAUGAGGUUGUGGGUUCGACCCCUGGCCUUGCUCAGUGGGUUAAGGAUCCGGCAUUGCCGUGAGCUGUGGUGUAGGUCGCAGAUGCAGCUCAGAUCUGGUGUUGUUGUGGCUCUGGCAUAGGCCGGCAGCGACAGCUGCGAUUAGACCCCUAGCCUGGGAACCUCCACAUGCCGCGAGAGCAGCCCUAGGAAGGCAUAAAAGACCAAAAAAAAAAAAAAAAAAAAAAAAAAUUAUGCUAUUAUACCACAGAAUAGUAUAAGUAUUUUAAAUCUUCAUAUUGUUGAAAUAAUAAUAAUGACUGUCAUAAAUUAGAAGUUACUAAAUGAGGAAAUUCCCAAGGCAAAAAGUGAACAUAAAAUAUUUUUUAAAAAGAAGACGAAAGCAGAAACGGUAUAUUGAGAUGAUGCAAUUAAGACCAAAUGUUGCUUUUAUCAAUGUAAAAAAUGAUGAAAUAACUUUUUUUCACUUUUUAAAGGUGUACUGAAGUAUAUAGUUAAUUUACAGUGCGAUGAAUUUUGCUGUGCAACAAAGUGAUUCAAUUAUGCAUGUACACACAAAAAAAUAACUUUUUAAAAUUUCAGAUUCUAUUAUAUAUGUGUGUGUGUCAGAAACAACUGAAAUAUCAACAGAACACUUCUCAAGUACAUUCAUUAGGAUAUGCAGCCAUAAAAAUGAUAUAAGAAAUUACAUAUAUGUGUAGAAGUUUGUGUAUACACAUUGAAAAUAUCUGAAAGCAAGUUAGUACUGUUUUUCUCUGAGCAGUGGAACUAAGAGUUGAGAAAAGAAAGACUUAACCUUGUGCAGCCUCAUGCCACUUACCUAAUAACUUUCUGGCUUCUACUUUCCCUACCUGAGGGAGCAGGAGAGUACUAAUAAUUUUAGUAUUUUAGAAAUAUAUAUGUACAUGCACAUAUAUAUAUUUUUUUGAGAAUUUCAAGUAGAAGAAAUGUACAUAUUCUGUACUUCAACUUCUUGUCUGUUUGUUUGUUUAGGGCCGCUCCCACAACAUAUGGAAGUUCCCAGGCUAGGGGUUGAAUCGGAGCUGUAGACACUGGCCUACGCCACAGCCACAGCAAUGCCUGAUCCAAGCUGGUGUGUGUGACCUAUACCAUAGCUCAUGGCAACACCAGAUCCUUAACCCACGAGCGAGGCCAGGGAUUGAACCUGCGUUCUCAUGGAUACUAGUCUGAUUUCGUUUCCGCUGAGCCACAAUAGGAACUCCUGUACUUCAACUUCUUAAUGUUUCUCCUCUUUGCUUUACUAUUUUCUAUCUCCUGUUAUACAUUUUUUUUCUUGACCACAUGAUGAAUAUGUUGACGACAUCAUACACUUUAAUACUACCUUUGUACUUCAGAAGAUCAAGCAUACUAUGUGUGAUUAUCAAAUUCAGGAAUUUAACAUUGAUGUGACGCUUUGUAGUCAUUAUUCAAAUUUCAUUUGUUGUUCCAUUGGUAAUUUUUUUUUUCAGCUUCAGGAUCUAGUCCAGGAUCAUACGUUGUGUUAUCAUGACUCUAAUCUGGACCAGCUCUUCAGCCUUUCUUUGUCUUUGUUGAUUUAUGUGAAGAAUAUGGGACAGUUAAAGUAUAGGAUAUCCUUCCAUUUGAGUUUUUCUGAUUCUUCUUUCUGGUUAGAUUUGGGAUAUGCAGUAUGGGCUGACUAUGAGUGAUGGGCCCAAUGUCACAUCCAGACUCAUAGAAUGUCCCAUUGCCUCUUGUUGGUAAUGUUAAUUUGAUCACUUGUUUAAGAUGUCAUCCAGUUUCUCCACUAUAUAAUUACUAUUUUUCCUUUCGCAAUUAGUAGAUAAUUUGUGAAAAACUUUGAGACCAUGUUGAUUGAUAGUCUAUUCCUCAUUAAACCUUUCUCUCCUA